AUGGGCGACAUCGCCAUCGGCCCCGAGAAGCUCCCUGGGCCCGCCGUGCAGACGGACGAGGAUGUUCUCGCUUUCACCCAGCAGAGAGAGCAGUUCCCAGCUGUAUCAUGCGUCAGCGACCUGUGCCAUGGGCAAAGCGGGGGAUGCGAACGCGGUGGUGGAUUCGCGGGCUAG